AAAAUCCAGCAGCUGUCCGAAGGGUCCAUGUUUGGCCAUGGCCUGAAGCACCUUUUCCACAGCCGCCGGCGGUCGCGGGAGCGGGAGCACCAGAACUCGCAGGACUCGCUGCCGCCGCACUACGGCAUGUCCGAACACGACUCCCCCGACGAGAAGGAGCGCUCCGACAGCAGCCUCACCGCCAUCCUGCAUCAGCACCAGGGCCGCCCCAGGUCCUCCUCCACCACCGACACUGCCAUCCUCCUGGCCGAGAGCGGGGCCGUCUAUCUGCUCACGGAGGACACCGAGUGCCUGGCCGAUAAGCUGGACAAGGGGGACGUGGCCGCGCUCAGCCUGCCCUCCACCGCCGGGCACGGCGACGCCGACGGCACCGUCUGCCUGGACGUCCCCGAUGGCACCCCUGACCCGCACAGGACAAAAGCCGCCAUCGAGCACCUGCACCAGAAGAUCCUCAAGAUCACCGAGCAGAUCAAGAUCGAGCAGGAGGCUCGGGAUGACAACGUGGCCGAGUACCUGAAGUUGGCCAACAACGCGGACAAGCAGCAAGCCUCCCGCAUCAAGCAGGUUUUUGAGAAGAAGAACCAGAAGUCAGCACAGACCAUCGCGCAGCUGCACAAGAAGCUGGAGCACUACCACAAGAAGCUGAAGGAGAUCGAGCAGAACGGCCCUUCCCGGCAGCCCAAGGAUGUCUUCCGGGACAUGCACCAGGGUCUUAAGGACGUGGGUGCCAACGUUCGCUCCAGCAUCAGCGGCUUCGGCGGUGGCGUAGUGGAGGGUGUCAAGGGAGGGCUCUCGGGUCUGUCCCAGGCCACCCACACCGCUGUGGUCUCCAAGCCCCGGGAAUUCGCCAGCCUCAUCCGGAACAAGUUUGGCAGUGCGGACAACAUUGCCCACCUGAAGGACACAUUGGAUGACGGGCACCCGGAGGAGGCUUCGCGGGCUCUCAGCGGCAGUGCCACCCUGGUCUCCAGCCCCAAGUAUGGCAGCGAUGAUGAGUGCUCCAGUGCCUCCUCUGGCUCGGCUGGUGGCAGCAACUCAGGGGCAGGACCCGGUGGCUUGGGGAGCCCCAAGUCCAACACGCUGGACAGCCACCACAAUAACUUCGACACCAUCCUGGAGGAGCUCCGGGAGAUCAAGGACAGUCAGUCACACCUGGAGGACUCCAUGGAGGACCUCAAGGCCCAGCUGCAGCGGGAUUACACCUACAUGACGCAGUGCUUGCAAGAGGAGCGCUACAGGUACGAGCGCCUGGAGGAGCAGCUGAACGACCUCACUGAGCUGCACCAGAACGAAAUGACCAACCUGAAGCAGGAGCUGGCCAGCAUGGAGGAGAAGGUGGCCUACCAGUCCUACGAGAGGGCACGGGACAUCCAGGAGGCGGUGGAGUCCUGCCUGACGCGGGUGACCAAGCUGGAGCUGCAGCAGCAGCAGCAGCAGGUGGUGCAGCUGGAAGGGGUGGAGAACGCCAACGCCCGGGCGCUGCUGGGCAAGUUCAUCAACGUCAUCCUGGCCCUGAUGGCCGUGCUGCUCGUCUUCGUCUCCACCAUCGCCAACUUCAUCACCCCGCUCAUGAAGACCCGCAUGCGCAUCCUCAGCACCGGCCUGCUCGUCCUCUUCCUCUUCUUCCUCUGGAAGCACUGGGACUCCAUCACCUACUUUCUGGAGCACGUCCUGCUCCCCAGCUGAUCCGCAGCCCAGCCACUGUGGCCCCGGGGGCUUUCCAUUUCCCGCAGAGGAGAGGGCGGGGGGGACAGUGGUCCAGAGCCUUUGGGUUGUUUCUUCACAUGCUCGGUUCGGUUGCUUUCCCG